UAUUGACUCGGUUAUUAAUGCAAACAUACCUCGUGGUUUUUGCCUCAGACGAUAAUUAAUCUAGCGAGCUAAUGAAUCAACAUAGCUAACGCAGCUAAGUUAGCUUGUUUUUCAGUUUUCAUGAAGAAAACGCCUCCCACGCACGCGCAUGCUUACAAAGCUCCGUGUUAAUCAGCGUGCAGCUAGUUAGUUUAGUGUCAUUUUGUGAAUAACUAUUUAGAAUGAGUGAUUAUUUUUGCAAUCUUGUCGCAACCAAUUGUAACUUCAGCUAACCAUAUAAAAUAUUCGGGUUUUAAAACGUAGUCGUCUGGGCAGGUCUGCCAAUUGGCGACUCGAGAAUUUGGUUUUUUUCGACCUGGAAUGGCUAUAGCGGGAACUAGUUAGCCAGCCAGCUAACGUUAGCUACAAAAUCCGAAACGAAAACAAAAAGGAAGUGAUCUCAAUAUGGCCUUAAUUUCCUGCACUUGAAGUGUCAGUUUUCCCUGUCCUAACAGGACAAUACAAAACGUUUUAAUUUUUAGCUGUCAGUGUCAAUUUUAAGUGUUCAUUUCGUCUGCACCAUUGCUUUGCGCGGUUAAUUUAGCAUGACUUUUUAUUUAUGCAGUGAAACUCUGGAUUCCAUAUUCAGUAAGGAUCUUGGCUAGGUUGGAGUGGGGCAUGGACAGCUCGGUGACGUUGUGGCAGUUCCUGCUGCAGCUCCUCCUGGACCCCAGCCAUGACCGGCUGAUCUGCUGGACCAGCGACGACGGGGAGUUCAAGCUGCUGCAGGCGGAGGAGGUGGCCAGGCUAUGGGGAGCCCGCAAGAACAAGCCCAGCAUGAACUACGACAAGCUCAGCCGCGCCCUGCGCUAUUAUUAUGACAAGAACAUCAUCAAGAAGGUUAACGGGCAGAAGUUUGUGUAUCGCUUUGUGUCCUACCCAGACAUCCUGAGUGGUGACUCCACCGCAGCGAUGGGGGAGGGGGGUGGGGAGGCCGGGGGGGCUCUGGGCUCUGAGAGGGGGGAGCAGGAGCGUCAGGCUGGGUGUGAGACCACUGGGGCGGACGUCGGGGGACAGAGCUCGGGCAAGCAAUCCGGCCGGAACGACUACCUCCACUCGGGCCUGUACACCUCCUUCACCCUCUCCUCCCUGCAGGCCGGGGGCCAGCUCUUCAGGCCCAUAAAGGUGGAGAGUCCCGGGGAGAGGAAGGUCGACCAGGGUCAACCGUCGCCGUCCGUCAUCAAGUUCGGGAGCGCGCCCCCCAAGAAGACCACGCCGCCUUCUCCGUCGGGCGCUAUGGAAACUGUUCCUGGAGAGUCCUCUGAUGUGAAGCCUCGUUCACAGCAGGUCCACCUGCUUCGUGAAGACGGGGCAGUGAAGCAGGGCCGCAUGCCCCUCGCCUCCUGCGCUUUUCAGGAGGACCCGUCCGCUCAGGGACCCUCACGGGGCUUCCCUCGGGGGGGGGUCUCUGCCCCCGUGCCCCCCCCCUCCCGCUCCCCCACUCCCAGCACGGCCGCUGACUCCACCCAGGAGCUGGUGAUUGACAUGGAGUCCACCUCGUCCCAGCCCUCGGAGUUACCUCUGCAGAUGCAGCCGGCUCCUACAUCCCAGAAUGCAACCUCAUCAGAGCGCGAGGCGGUGAGAUCUCUGCCCCAAAGUGGCGGAGGAAGCGCCCAUAGCGGGAAGUCGAAGAAGCCCAAGGGGCUGGAGCUGGCCCCCACCCUGGUGGUGACGGGAUCGGACCUGAGCCCCAUGAACCUGUCCAGCCCCUCCCUGCCCACUGCCUCCCUCACCCCCGCCUUCCUGCAGACACCUACCCUCCUGCUUACUCCAAGCCCUCUGCUGUCCAACAUCCACUUCUGGAGCACGCUCAGUCCUGUCGCCCCGCUGAGCCCUGCACGGAGACAGGGCACACACACCCUGUUCCAGUUCCCCUCCGUGCUCAACCCGCAGUUCCAGUUCCCGGUUCACAGCCUGGAUAGCUGUAGCACCCCGGGACCCCUCUCCCCGGAUCCACAGAAGACAUAACGCAAGAGCCCGGAUCCCUGGAACGGCCCCCAGCGCUAACCUGCGCCCCUCCCGUACUGUUUUUAGAGAGACGUGCACCAAUCUCAGUGUGUAGACCACAAACGGGCCGUCUGGUGAUGGCGCUAACCCAGGGGUGGAUGGGCUCAGAGAGUGGAGCAGCAAAGUUUGGGUGGGAGGAUUCUGGUAUGUUCUGCCUCAGUGUCACUCCUGGAACAGGGGUUAGCUGAAGCUGGCGGGGGAAGCCGAGACGUUUUUAGAGCCUGACCUCUUUAAAAUAAUAAUUAUUAUUAUUUUCAAAAAAUUGCAAAUCAGGAGAACAUUCUGUUGAUGCGAGGUUCCAGAUAUUGGUGACAUCCAGGAAGGAUGUGUUUUAGUUUAAUGCGAUGUUAGCCCAGCUAAUAUGUGCAAAUCUACCCACUGCCUGCAGCUAAGGGCAGAGUUUCGAUUGGUUCAUGUGUUUAUGUAGGAAAAGGAGCCUCUUGAUCAAGGCAUUACACUUACUAUGAUGGCUAUUUCCAUACAGCUAUAUCGAAUUCAUCAGAUAUGCAUUGUUUUUGUGCAAUGAACCUUAACCAGCUACCUUAACAACUACCUUAACUCCCUUUUAAAUGUCUUAAUGUGAGGUAAAUGCUAAUCCUAGCUUGCUUUUUCAUACACCACAUAGAUGCCAUUGCGAUAUUCUGUAGUGUGAUCUAACUUGUUAUGAUUAAUUUGUAGCUGCUGUUGCCAUAGCAAAUGUUUAUCCUGUUGUGUUUGUAUGACAUUCAUGUGGUGUAUGUAGCAAAAUGGCAGGCAAUUGUGUGCAUUGUAUUGUGUUGUGAGGAAAUCAAAGAGAAAAAGGGUUCAAAGGAAGAAGUGAGUUUGCCUCGCUGUACUCUCUCAGUUGAAGUCUGUUUCUGGCACCUGCUUUUGGUGUUAUUAGUUUUUUUGCCCCUCCAUGUUUUUAAUGUAGUUAAGCUUCGUCAUACUCCGUAUUGCACUUUUCUGCUAAUAGUUUUCUUGGGUUUGUUUUUCCAACUGAGCUCAGGUUACAGUGACAUGUACAAAGGUGUGACCAUGAUCGUCAUGGGUGUUAGUUAGUGUAUGCUACAUUAUGUAUAGACGGAUGAUUUAAAAAUAGCACUUACCUGUUUAAAGAACAGCACCUGAAAAUAUGCUGAAAUAUUAAUGUUUAAAUGUUUGUAAGUUAUUAUUAUUAUUAUUAUUUUAUUUUUUUGUUCUGGUAGGAAUCAUACAUUUUCUCCAGUUUGUUUUGAGUUGAUAUCACUCAGUUGCUCUGAUGCCAAUUAGCUCUUCUCUCAUUUGACCAAUCAGUCAAACUGCACUGGAGUAGACCCGUAUCCACUGGGAACUGGAUUGUUAAACUGAAUUACAGUUUUUGGUCUGUAUGUGUGAAAGCUUUCUACAAGUUGUUUCUAUUGGAGUGGUUCAGUCGUGGUUCAUGACCUGGUCAGGUUUUUAAAACCGACAGUCACGGACUUCCUCAGAUGGAUUUGAAGACCUGUCUGUGGUGUGCUGGGAGCGGUGGGUUCCACCAGUCUGCCCCAGAUCAUGCAGAAAUGCAUGUUUCCCACAGUCACUGGGGCUCUUUCUUUUACUCUCUUUCCUUCAUCUUUUAAAUUCACUAAGGCCCAGGAGUAAUGAAUUGUAUUUAAAGUAUAUUUUAUGGGGAAAGAAAAAACAAGCAAAACUACUUAAUAUAUUAAUGUGCAAUUGCUCAGGUUAAAGCAGCAUAUGCCUAUAGGGCUAUGUUCUUGUAAGAGUCAUUUAUGCUGCCAAACAAAUUUAAUAUUGGCUCACGGAAAUAUGGAUCGAUUUUACAUUUCCCAUGGAGGAAAUAACAGAUCAUUCUCCUCCGAGCAGCAUUAUGAAUGAGACAGCCAUGAUUACACGAUGCCUUAUGUCUGUUGCCAUAAACUAGAUAUGACAGACUAAUAGCAACACGCCAUUCUUCUCCGUACUCUGGUAAGAGCGAUAUUCUAGUCUUGGCCAAACGCGUAUUGACAAACUCCGCCAUUUUGCGCGACAAGUAUUUGAUGGAUUUGAUGGAGUGAUUUUGUCCGGGCACACACAAGAAUGGGGGAACCAGGGCACUUGGUGGUCAUGGUUACAUUAAGUCAGUGAUCUGAAAGUCCUCUCCUGGAGGACUGCUGCUUUUUGUGAUUUCCUUUCAGCAGCAAAUUUAGGCCUGCAGAAACUAGAUCUGCAGAAACAUAGAAAAUCAACUCAUAGUAAGCAUGGGAACACAUCUAAAAUUGCUGCCCUCAAGAAUUUCAGUUUGAAAUCCCUGUGUUCAGUGAAUGAAGCUCAAAUAUGGGCAUGCUCCAUGGAUUCAACAAAUUCCUUUCAUUUCUGUAUUUGUAAUCGCUCUUGUUAUGACCCAGACUGCCAGUGAUACGUACGUGUUGCUAACCAUAGACUCUUAUUUUUGAAAUUCAGGUACUUCAGGUGGUGCCGUUGUGACUAAAGUGCUGUGUUGCAUUUUGUGGACUCUUGCUAAUGUCAGGUACUGUAAAGCUAAACAGCAGCCGCCUACAGAUCACUGGAAGCUAUGCACAGCAACGCAUGCAGCCCUGGUGAAACCCUUUUUCAGGAAUAUUUCAGUCGCAGUCAGCUCCAUUUUGUGUGCAAGUGCGUACAGUUCCUGCACACUCUCCUCCGCUAUUAUGUGCCUGAGUUUCCCCGUAGCUCUUGCUUUGUAAUGAAUGAAUGAAUGCACAAGCUAGAACGGUUUUCCUUUCAGUUUAUUUUGUAGCUGAAAUCGGAGGAUUGCAUAAGUGUGACCAAAACUAGGAAUAGCUGCAAAAAUGUUAUUUUUUAAUGGUCCCUGACUUCACUUUGAAAAAAAUUUAAAAAAAUUAAAAAAAAUAUGUUUAUGCACACCUGCAGAUCUCAACUGACGACUAAAAGACAAGCAGGAAUAUUCAGUGCUCUUCGUUGUGAUCCAGUAUCUUUGUUAAAGGUUGUUUGCUAUGUCGAGCGUUUUGACACUGAUCAAGUGAAAGCAGCUUUCUGGAACGUGUACUUUUUGUAUAUUCUUUUUGUUCUUUUAACUGUUCACACAAGUGGAGCGUAACGUUAGCACUUAGCCCAGGGCUGUCUAACUCCAUUCCUGGAGAUCUACCUUCCUGUAGGCUUUCCAGUCCAACCCGAACAAAGCACAACUAAUUCAACAGCUGAAGAUCGGGCGGCCUGUAGCGUAGUGGUUAAGGUACAUGACUGGGACCCGCAAGGUUGGUGAUUCAAUCCCCGGUGUAGCCACAAUAAGAUCCACACAGCCGUUGGGCCCUUGAGCAAGGCCCUUAACCCUGCAUUGCUCCAGGGGAGGAUCGUCUCCUGCUUAGUCUAGUGAACUGUUUGUCACUCUGUAUAAGAGGGACUGCCAAAUGCCAUUAAUGUAAUUUUAAAGAUCAUGUUGAGCUGCUUAAUUAGUAGAAAUCAGGGUUGAAAUGAAAAUCUACAGGAUGGUAGAUCUCCAGGAACAGGGUCGGGCAGCCCUGACUUAGACUAUUGGGGUUCCUUGUAUAACUAGACAGUGCAGUGCAUAACUUUUAAGUCUUGAAUUCUGUUUGUUUUGAAAUGUAUUUUUGAAACUGAUGUUUUUGUGUGUGUACUGUGGUUCAGAUAAAACGGAAUUGUAAUGUCCCCCUCUCUAAUUACAGUGAAAUCUAUGCACAAAGUAACUUUAUACUACAAUGUUUAUCGAUUCAAUCAGGAUUUUUAUAUUUCCAAAAGAGACUACUUUUUAGAUUACUGAAAUUAUACAUUUUAUAAAUUAUAUUUCCUUUCCCAGUGGGGAAAAAAAGAAGUAUUUUUCUUGUAAGGUUUAUACAAUUCAGAGGAUACUUGACUUGGGAAAUAUUUUAACUGGUUUUCAUAAACAUAAAUUGGGAAAUAGUCCAAUAGCUAUUGAACAUGCCCUUCUCUAUAAGAGAUUUUACUCAUGAAGAGUGUAUAUAUACAAGUUCACAAUGGGUAAAGCAAGGUGGAUGAAUGCAUGUUAGAUUCUGGUUUAGUUGGGAAUGCUUCUUUGGAUGUAGUAUUGCAUAGUACAUGCAAAAAAAUCACUUGAAUCAAUCUAGAAAAGCCCAAUUUUACAGUGUGGUUUAAAACAAACCUGAAAAAGUCUCAUCAUAUUCCUGUUUGAUUUCUGUGUCUCACGGCUGUUUGUGUUUAAACCUCUCACAUGUUUACAGUCUUAUGUUUGGGCUUUGUAUGUGGGGAAAAAUAUAUAGAAUAUAAAAAUGGCUGAAAAAUGUA